CUGCCAAUGAAUCAUCCCAAAGCGAUUAUCGGCCGAUCAUUUGGAGCACCCCUAAUAUAUAUAGAGAUUUGACAUUGAUUCAAUCAAGACAUUUAUUAUGGUGGUCAAAAGAGACAAAGAUGUCAAAUUUGCCUUCACCACUCAGCAACUUAAUUGUUCUCUGCAUGCAUAGCUAAUAUAACUUACAAGAUUUACAUGGCAAUAUUAACUGUGGAAAUGCAUUACAGUUUGUGAGAAGGGUCCGUAUCAAAAUAAUUCCUGCUGUAAAUGGACACUUUGCAUGUUUUAACAAAGCACUUUUCCCUAGAUACACCUGAACGGUGUCACUUCACUCCCACACGACCUGCAAUGCAUGUCUGGACGGACGGGUUCCAUGCAUGAGCCUGGUGUGUGUUUUGCAUGCCCUCUGGUGUUCCUCCUUACCUGAGGCUCGUAGCACCUGCCUGAACCCACCUGAGUCUUGCUCUUGUGCCAUUGUAUCUGUCAGGAAAGGGGCAGGACCAUCUCUGAUUACAAGACGCAUGGCCAGAGUUCUCUGCCACUGAUAGCACAGACCUGUUUUUUUCCUUCCUCACCUGUGCUAUUUAAAGCGAUGCCUCAACCCAGCUCGUGGUCCAAUUUCCCAACCCUGCUUGCGCUUGGUGCGUGUGUAAGUGUGUAUGGCUGGUGGCAGAAUCAGACAGGUGCGAGAGCGUCCUUGAAAGUGUGUGAGAGCGGGGUGGUGGGGGACGGGGAACAAACAUGUUUGCGGGAGGGUACGCGGGGGGGACCGUUGGGCGCCGGAAAUCCAAUCUCCCCUCCGAAAAUCUGCAGAUCCCCAAACCAGCGGGGGCGAGUGGCGUGCGGAAGAGCAGUAGUAGCAGCAGCGGAGGCAAGAUGCUGUCCAUGACCUACAGCGAGAGCAUACGGAGCGGCAUUAGCCGCUACCACUCAGACCAAGGUCUGAACCAGACGCCGAGGCACACGGACCAGGCCGAACUCCAGCGGCUCAGGGAGCAAAGGAUCGCUGCCCAGAUCAAGAACAUGGAAGACUUCCUCAAGAUGAACGGCCUGGCAAUGGAGGAGUGCGUAUCAUACCAGACAGGCAUGAAGUACAGAAACCUGGGGAAGUCGGGCCUGAGAGUCUCAUGUCUUGGAUUAGGAACAUGGGUGACAUUCGGAGGACAGAUCACAGAUGAGAUUGCAGAGCAGCUGAUGACUCUGGCGUACGAGAAUGGGAUCAAUCUGUUCGACACGGCAGAGGUCUACGCUGCAGGAAAGGCGGAGAUGGUGCUGGGCAACAUCAUAAAGAAGAAAGGAUGGAGACGCUCCAGCUUAGUCAUUACAACCAAAAUAUUUUGGGGUGGAAAAGCAGAGACUGAGAGAGGACUGUCAAGAAAACACAUUAUAGAAGGAUUGAAGGCAUCAUUGGAGAGACUGCAGUUAGAAUAUGUGGACGUAGUGUUUGCAAACAGACCAGACCCCAACACACCCAUGGAAGAGACUGUGCGAGCGAUGACCCAUGUGAUCAAUCAGGGAAUGGCGAUGUACUGGGGAACAUCACGCUGGAGUCCGAUGGAAAUCAUGGUGAGUCACAAGAUGUGGAAGGAAGCUUUUUCACCCGUCUCUGCGCCAGGAAUGAGGACUCGAUGGGCUUCAGCUCAGGGGGUGGUUGGGAACUCUUCAGUGCUGAGUAUGUGGCGGCCAUCGCCCCUGUGA